CACUGGACCAGUCAACAGAACAACCCACUGGCCACUGCAACUCCCUCCAAAGCAAGUUCAGACAAAGAAGCGGCGCUGCGGCGGCAUGAGCUUGGAGGACAUCAUCGCUCCGUCUCGUCGACAAGGAGCUCGCCGCGCCGCCGGGCGCUGCUAGCUCGCCGUUUGGGGCUGCAUCGUGGGAGCUGGACGCGCGCGACACUCCGCCUCGGGGGUGACUGCCUGCGCGCGCUGCGUCCACCACGCCCAUGUCCCGCCUCCGCCGCCGCUUCUCCUCCUCCAUCUCGCCGCGCGCACGCUCCUGGUCUCCCCACUCCGCCUUUGCCGCAGCCACGGAGCGCGUGCGCGCCGGGACGCUCACUUCGGAAGACGCACACCACCUGUUCGACCAAUUGCUAGCGCGGCCAGCCCCGGUCCACGUGCGCUCUCUCAACGGCUUCCUCGCCACCCUCGCCCGUGCGCCGGACUCUGCCACCUGCCGAGAUGGCCCCGCCCUCGCCAUCGCCCUCUUCAGCCGUGUGUGCCGACAAGAAUCCGGCCAGCGGAUGGCGGCUCUCACAGUCCACACCUACGGCAUCCUCAUGGACUGCUGCUGCCGCGCACGCCUCCCGGAACUUGGGCUUGCCUUAUUCGGUCGCCUUCUGAGAACGGGCCUCAAGACAAAUGAGACCAUCUGCAGCACCCUCCUCAAGUGCCUCUGCUGCGCAAAACGGACCAAUGAGGCUGUCAACCUCUUGCUUCAUUGGAUGUCUGACCCUGGCGGUGUGACUAAUGCCUUCUCAUGCUCCAUUGUUCUGAAGAGCUUAUGUGACCAUAGCAGGAGCCAGGAGGCGCUCGACCUGCUCCAGACGGUGGCAAAAAAAGGAGGCGGCUGCUCCCUCGAUGUGGUGGCAUAUAGCACCAUCAUCCACGGCUUCUUUAAGGAAGGGCAAAUUGGCAAGGCAUGCGAUCUAUUCCAUGAAAUGGUGCAGCAAGGGGUUGUGCCUAAUGUGGUCACAUAUAACUCGAUUAUCGAUGCGCUGUGCAAGGCCAGAGCGAUGGACAAGGCAGAGUUGUUCCUUCGGCAGAUGGUUGGCAAUGGUGUUCCGCCCGAUAAAGUUACGUACACUAGCAUGAUCCAUGGAUAUUCCACUUUGGGAAGGUGGAAGGAGGCAACUAAAACGUUCAGACAAAUGACAAGCCAGGGCCUUAUACCAGAUGCUUUUACUUGGAAUUCGUUCAUGGCCUCCCUUUGCAAGCAUGGAAGAAGCAAAGAAGCUGCAGAAUUUUUUCAUUCCAUGACUGCCAAGGGCCACCACAAGCCAGAUAUCUUCUCAUACUCUAUUCUGCUUCACGGGUAUGCCUCUGAAGGAUGCUUUGCCGACAUGAUUAAUCUCUUCAAUUCUAUGGAAAGCAAUGGCAUUGUACCCGACUGCCAUGUUCGCACCAUAUUAAUUGAUGCAUAUGCUAAAUGUGGAAUGAUGGAUGAAGCUAUGCUCAUGUUUACUGAAAUGGCAGGACAAGGAUUGAGUCCGGAUGUCUUCACCUUUUCAAGUGUAAUUGCUGCAUUUUGUAGAAUGGGCAGGCUUGCUGAUGCUAUAGAAAAAUUCAAUCAGAUGAUUUCUAUUGGAAUACAACCGAAUGCAGUUGUGUAUCGCUCCCUAAUUCAAGGUUUUUGUACACAUGGGGAUUUGGUGAAAGCCAAGGAGUUGGUUUAUGAAAUGAUGAACAAAGGUAUUCCCCGUCCUACCAUUGCGUUCUUCAGUUCAAUAAUAAACAGUUUAUGCAAAGAAGGAAGGGUUUCGGAUGCACAGGCUAUCUUUGACUUGGUUAUACACUUCGGUGAGAGACCUGACGUCAUUAUAUUUAAUUCGCUGAUUGAUGGAUAUUGCUUAGUUGGCAAGAUGGAGAAAGCAAUGAGAGUGAUUGAUUCCAUGGUAUCAGUUGGCAUUGAGCCUAAUGAUGUUUCAUACAAUACACUUGUUAAUGGCUAUUGCAGAACUGAAAGGAUCGAUGAUGGGUUGAUUUUAUUCAGAGAAAUGUUGCAUAAGAGAGUUAAACCUACAACUGUUACAUAUAACAUCAUACUAGAUGGGUUAUUUCGUUCUGGGAGAAUUGUUGCUGCAAAGAAAAUGUUCCACGAGAUGAUAGAAAGUGGAACCACGGUGAAGAUUUCCACAUAUAAUAUACUACUUGGUGGACUCUGUGGAAAUAAUUGCACCGAUGAGGCAAUCGUCCUGUUCCAAAAAUUAGGUGCAAUGCAUGUGAAGUUCGAUAUUGCAAUACUCAAUAUCAUGAUUAAUGCAAUGUACAAGGUUCAGAGAAAAGAAGAAGCUAACGAAUUGUUUGCUGCUAUAUCAGCUCGUGGCUUGGUACCUAAUGCUUCCACAUACGGAAUAAAGAUAAGAAAUCUUCUAAAAGAAGGAUUGGUGGAAGAAGCUGAAAAUAUGUUUUCCUCAAUGGAGAAGAGUGGUUGUGCUCCCAGCUCUCGUCUUAUAAAUGAUAUCAUCAGAAUGAUGUUGGAAAAAGGUGAGAUAGUCAAGGCAGGAAAUUAUAUGUCUAAAGUUGAUGGCAAAGGCAUCUCACUUGAAGCUUCAACUAUUUCUUUGCUGGUGUCUCUCUUUUCAAAGAACGGGAAAUAUCAGGACAAAAUAAAAUCGCUCCCUGUAAAGUACCAAUUUUUUUAUGGAGUCAGCUGAUGCACUGGAUUCAGCAGAUAAGUGUUGGCCUUGUCCGAAGAUGGCUCUCAACGAUGUGGGCAAGUGUCUAUUCUGUGUGCUCACGAAUAUCGAGCUGGGUUAUAGUGCCACCAUGGUGUUCUGGUCUGGUAUGUUGCUACUAGGCAUGCUAGCUGUGGGGAUAGCUCGUAAUCUAACGCCAUAUCAACGCAGGGCCAUUUGGUGCAUGAUGAGCUUGCUAAUGGUGAACGCAUUACUAAUGCUAGGAGCAUAUCAUGGCGGAUGUCAUCUCUGAGUUUGUCGAGGCUCGCUACAUUAUCAAGAUAUUUGGCGUUCCCUGAACCUCAGCAUAUCUGGUGCAUGUUAGCUGAGGGUGAUUAUAGUGAAAUCGAUAUGGUAGCUGAUAUGGAGCUCAUAAUGUUCUCGCUCUUUAAACCUUGAGUGAUAUUUGGGAUAUUUUGUUGAAUGUAGUUACCAAAUACAUGUACUGUUUAGAUAAGAAAAGUGGUCGGCAAGCAGGCGCGUGUAACCAGCAGCCAGGGAAGGACUCACCCGACUUAAUGACUAUGGCAGGGUGGUGUCUCCCCCUCUGCUCUAGUUAUCUUCUGGAUAAGUUCACUGUUUUUAUCUUGUUAACUGAACCUGCGAGUUAUCUCCAGAUGAAGUUUCUGUGAAGAGAAAUUGGCUGGGUGAUCCAUCUGCCCUUACAUUUUCUGCAUGGAACAUCUUGUGCUAUGGUUAUACUUCCAGCAGUCCUCGAAGAAUAGAAGCCUGAAUCUUGUCAUCCAGUGGGUUGAUUAGUGAACUUGACGCUUCUUCUGGUGAUCUAAUGUUGCUCCAACAUGUACGAUCUGUAGAUAUCCUAUUAGACUUCCUCAUAAGCGUGUUUCCUCGGGGAUUCCACCAACCACCAUGGGACUAGUUUAAACAUCUUUAAGUGCUUGAUGUUAAUUUUCAUUUCCAGGGAUCUGUCUCACCACAAUCUGCCAGGAUCAUUACCUGAUACUCUUA